AUGUCUAUGAAGUUUAUCCUUUUGGCUAAUAUGUUUUUUUUUUUUUUCUACGUCCGUUUCCAUGAAAAACAGAGAUUCUAUGGCUUUGCUAUUUGCUUGUCAGCAGGAUUGACCUGUACACUUUUGUCAAUGCUUGUUUUCUUCAAUCCGGUCAAGUUUGGCAUCACAUUCACUCUUGGAAAUUUGAUGGCACUUGGGAGCACAGCAUUCCUUAUAGGCCCACAGAGGCAGGUGACGAUGAUGCUUGACCCAGCUCGUAUCUACGCUACUGCUUUGUAUCUAGCCAGCAUUAUCAUUGCCCUGUUCUGCGCUCUCUAUGUUCGUAACAAGCUGCUCACCCUGCUGGCUAUCAUUCUUGAGUUCUCUGGUCUUAUUUGGUACAGCUUGAGCUACAUCCCUUUUGCAAGAACCAUGGUCUCAAAGGUCUUCAUGACUUGUUUCGACACCGAGUUUUAAGCAGCCCUAUACACGUCGCCUCAGAAGAUUUUCAUCCCAAAACCACUGUGCUCUGAUGAAUGACUGGUUUAUGUUCAAAGCUGAACCUGUUUGAAGGAAGUUGAAAGCGCUAAUAGUCCAUGCUCGAAGGCUUAUCUUUGGAGCACGCUUUGGUUUAUG